AUGGAAGAGAAGGAAAAUCGUGAAAGUAAAAACCUAGGCGACUUUAGACGUUAUAAAGUCCCAGAAUUGAAGUCAUUUUUACGCGAUCGUGGUCUUAAAGUAACAGGAACGAAAGAGGAGUUAGCUGCGCUGGCAUAUGGUGCUCAYGAACUGGGAAUUGCAAUAAAACCCWGCACGGAAGAAGAAAACUCAAGAAAAAGGAUUCAGUAUAAUUCCUUGCUUAAAUUCGAAGGUUUUCAACUACCCGAUCCUUUCUCACUUUCAAGUGGUUGGCUCGACGAAAAUGUAGGAAUAAAGAAGUGGCCACCCAUUUUUCAGCUGCAUAUCGCAGAAUUUCUGCUCACUGCUGAACAAUCGCAAACUGCWUUAAAGAAACGUUUACUUAGUGAUUAUAAAGAAGGCAAGGCUUUUAGUUAUUUCGACUCUAAAUGGCUGAAAAAUGUCUAUUAUCAUGAAAUCAAUUCAUCCUCAAAGUACUGUUUCCUAAAGUCAGAGUCCACCCCAUCUCAAAAUAUCAAUAAUGUUCCUCAUAAAAUAUGGGUAYGUGCAGAGAAACKUACUGACUUGGCUCAACCUGUAAUCAUAUUGCAGCUGUUUUAUUUAAAGUUGAGUAUGCUUGGAAUAAUGGAUUAG